GUUCGCCGCGGCGGCAUCGGCGUCGGAGGCGGCCUCGGCGGGGACUACGGGGGAGUCUCCGGGGGCUACACGGGCUACACGGGGAGCAGCGGGGGCGUGCAUGUCCUCCUCGCCGGGGGAGGCGGCGGCUACGGCGGCGCCGGUGGCAGCACCCACGUCCUGAACGCCGGCGGGGGCGUGGCCUUCUACCCAUCGGCGGCGCAGCAGCAGCCGUGGUACUACAACAUCGCUCAGCGCGCCGGCGACGCCUACGCCGCCAAGACGAUCGCCGCCGGGGACUACGCCAUCCAGACGGCCGACGCCGCCGCCGCCGGAGCCGCCCACGGCGUCCUCGCCCUGGCCAACGACGCGGGAUUCGCCGGCACCGUCAACUACCUCACCCAGCACGCCCAGGACGCCUCCCUGGGGGCCGCCGCUCACUCAGGCGCCGCCCGCGUGGUCGUCGGCGCGGCCGGAUAUCACUAGUGCCCGCGGCAGGACGGCAGAGGCACAAAAUGUCACAAAUGUUUUAACUCGACUGGCGUGUCCCGCCCCUCGCUCCCAUUCGCUUCUAAUCACACUCGAGACGAAUCCAUUUGUACGAGAAUUUAUCAUCAAUGCUAAAGGAACUUCCACCGCCAUCAGCUGUUUCUACUACUAUCCUAACCUGUCAGCGGCGUUUAUGAAUGAGUCUUGCGUCAUUAGUAUCCACUAAUAACACAAGAAUUCUCUGAAACACCGCCAAUGUAAUUUUAAAGGAAAGAUCGGUAUAUUCAUCUCUUUACUACUGUAAUGUGAUCUUGACGACAUCGAUU